AUGCCGCUCAACCCGGUGAUGUUUCCACGCCGACAUGGCGAGUCGCGGCCGAACUCAAUAAGAGCGAAACCGCCUCUCGGCAUCACCACCCCGCUGCUCGCCACUGCAGCCGUUGUGGCAGCCGUCGCGACUCUACAAUGGCCACGAAGAUGGCUGCUCUCAGGGUGUGGCGUCGAGAGUCUGGUACUAAUCUAUGGCUCGAGAAAUGGCACGCGAAUACUAGGCAACAUCCCGCUCUGGACGAUCCUGGCGACACUUAACGUUAUCUAUGCCGUAUCUUCGACGUCUUGGCUCUUGUACUUGGGCUUUACCGCGUUCAUGGUUCCCUGCGUCGGCCUUACAUGUCUGCUGCAGUUCACCAUUGUGGCGGACUUUGUCCGGAAGAACUUCCGAAAUCUGCUCAAGCAAUUGCAUUUCACUAGGGAUAAGAUUGCACUCUUCAACCUGCCUGCUAUGGAGAUCGACACUGAAGUUGACGGUCUGAUGGUCAUCAGAGGCCUAACAAUCCAGCUCUCGAGCCUGACCGCUGUAGCUCACGGUAUCGAACUGGGCAUAAAGCUAGCGGACGACAUUGAGUUGGCCGCACACUGCGAGGAGGUGACUAUCCGUCUCUUUCGCGAGAUAAAAGUCGGCGACGUGCUGGCGAACAUCAAAGGCGGCAGUGAGACUACCUUCGCAGAGAUCGAGGAAGAUACCGAGGACACUAAUGAUGACGACGGCAUCUUCACAAACACAGCACUACUGCGUGCUGCUACUGUUGGCUCCGAGGGCUUCAAGGAUCGGCCAAAGCUUCGUGAGUCGCUCACUGGCGCUCAAAGCAUGACGAAUAUCUCGGCUGGAGAUGGUCUCGACCAGAUAACUACAUUAUCGCCUGACGACGCUGCAGCGGACCAGAAGUAUCGCGAACUGCUGAAUGAAAUUCGUCGGACGAGUGCUAUCUACCAGUCGAGGGCCGACCUUCGCCAGAAGGCUGGCGUGAACGGUGUGGAAGCACUGUCCGAACGACAACUACUCGCUGCCGUCUGCACGGGCAUGCACGAGCUGCCUUCCGUGCCUCAUCCACCAGAACGGAGCAUUAAGGUCACAACUCUCCAGAAUCUGUCAAGCCCGGCUACUAGGCGGUUCUUGCACCGAUUGCCUUUCCUUCUGCGCCUGCUCCUGAUGGUGCUCAGCUAUUUCCACACGAUUACCUUUGCUUCAAUCAGUGCAGCAGGUUCUGGGAAGUGGUUCAAAGCUGUAUUGCAGCAGCAGAUAUUCCGUCACUACGCCGAUCACAACGCCGAGCUCCGACGAUUGCAACGGAAGAUCUCGCAUUGGCUGAACGACGCCAAUUUUUGCAUUCAGCUGAUCGAUGUUACGGGUCAGACAUAUGUUCCUUUGAGCACGGAUUACAGCAGCGUGGCUCAGUUGAAGCUAUCCGAAGUUGUAGCUUAUCGCACAUUACCUGACUCUGGAAGUACUGCCCAAGUUCUACGACUAGGUGGCGCGGAUGCGAGCUUUACGAUACCUUCCUUCUUACUACCUCACCAUGAGCAUAUCAUCCCACCCGAGCCGACGAAAGAGGACAAGGCCGAGUUCCAGGUCGUCAUUAACGACACAGAUGAUAAGAUCAAGUCUGUCAGGGCGGAGUCUGAGCUUAAGAGGGUCCUCAAGGAUGAAACAGUUGUUACCAUGAGUGUGCAUGGUAGCUUGCCAGCGGUUCUGGAUCAGUCUCUACUGAACUUUGUGGCUGCUGUCGUGAAGGCAACCAAAGUCAUUGAGUUCGAGAAGGACGCAGACCAAGAUGUCAACACCGUCGAAGAUGAUGCAUCGAGAGACCCAGUGCCCGGUCUGGAACGUGUCUCGACAAUAGCAAAGUCGAAGUUCAAGGCAUUUUCGAAACGCACUUUCCAGAGCUUGGCAGACGGCACUACAAAGGAGGAUAUUCGCCAAUUCACCCGUGACUUGAACCAGGCCACGAAGCAAGGUUUCAAGAAGGUCGCCGUCGCCGGAAUGGUGAAUGAUAGAUGGAUCGCCAAGAUGGUCGGCCGGGUGGCAGCCAAGCUGGAGCAGGCACAGGGUGAGGUGGGCUACACUGGUGAUAUACCGGUAGCAUUGGAGCCCUACAGGCCGAAGGAGCCGCUGGCCGCAAAGCUAUUACCAUGA